GGGACUUGAAGGGGGCGGCGGACGCGCGCGAGAAAGGCGCGGUUUCGGUGGGCCGGGACUGGAGCGCCAAUAGGGAAUGGGUCCGGCGGUAGAGGGGGCGUGCCUUCGGGGUGGGCGUGGCCCGAGCUGUCAGAAGCAGCGCCCGGCCGCCUCGGCUGUCAGUCUGUCCUCCGCUUCGCAGCGAGGCGGUUCUUCUAUGGGCGACGAGCGGGCGGCCGAGGAAGUAGCCGCCGCCACCGCCGCCGUCUCCCUGCGGGUUGUGGCCGCGGCCGCUUGGCACGUAGUCCGCGGCCGCCGCUUCUCGGACUUCCCGCGCGUCCUGACCUUCCUGGAGAGCGUGGCGGAGGCGGCGCCCGAGCUGGUGCCCUUCCAGCAUCUGGCCAAGCUGCGCCUGGGUCUGCAGGCCAAGAUUGUCAUGAACCUGCUGCAGGAAGAUCAGCCCCCCGGGAAAAUCUACGAUGCUGUGGACAGCUACUUUCCAGAGAACGAGACUCCGCCCAGCCACGCCAAAGCAACGGCUGAGGACCUGAAGAUGGUACGAACAGCCCAAGAAAACUUCAGAAUCCUGGUACUGAGGUUGCUGAGUGACUGUAUCAAGAGGGAAAUCUAUGUGCAGGAAUACCUGGAAACGGAUUACGGGGAAGCCUUUGUGAAAGUGGUGGAGGAACUCUUCUGCGAUUACCUCUGCCAGCUGGAACACAUUCUCCCGGAGCCCAAAUUCCAGCAGCUGUUGGAGGCUGCCAGCCUCCAGACCCCCCACCAGCUUUCCCAACCCAGCAUGACCAUCCUAAACCAGUACUUCACCGCUGUGGGAUACCAGCCUGCAGGUUGUGCUGAGGCCCCCUCCACCCCUCCCCAUCUGUCAAGCACCCCACGCCAGAGCGAGGACGAGGACCCCCCCUCGCCGCCUUUGACCCCACAGCCGGGCAGGAGCCGAAGAGAAGAUUCCCCUAUCUGCCUCUCAGAAGGGGAAUUGCACAGACUGUCCUCAAUCAACUCGGAAACGGCUGAAGAUCUGGUGCCAGAUUCAGAAAGCGAAAGAACCACCUCCCCUUUGAAGGGCGAAUACCAGACCACCCGUCAUCGCACCCUCAUCCCCACUUUUCAGGAGCACCUCAGGGACAGCAGCAGCCCGUUACAACAGUACGUGGGAAAAGUGGCUUAAAAACGGUCCUCGCGCUUACGACCGUCACGGCAUUCCUACAUCAAAUUUGGGACGGCUGGCGACUGGUGUGGAUUUACGACGGUUGCAGCAUUCCAGGCUCACGUGAUCCCCAUUUGUGACCUUCCCAGCCGGCUUCCGACAAGCAAUAGGGGAUUCCAGAUUCGCUUAACGACUCCCUGACUCACUUAAAAACGUUUUUAAUCACCGUGGCAGGAAAGGUCAUAAAAUUGGGUGUGCUCGCUUAACUGCUCUGCUUAACGGAGGAAAGUAUAGUCUCAAUUGCUGUUGUAAGUCGAGGACUGCCUGUAUUGCCCCAGCACUAUCUCAGCACACCUAACCGGCAGAAUAUGGAAAACGGGGUUUUACCAAAAGCUUUGGCCACAUCCCCUGGGCAAUGGCAGCCUCCAUCCUGCAGAAAAGAGAGCAGAAAGUUAAAUCUCAGCCUGCCCGUAUUUUAUUUAAGCAGACAUCAACUCAUGCAAAGGGGUGCAAAGGAACAGGUAGAGCAAGAUUCUAGUCCUCAAGGACAAUAUAAAUAUGAGCCAGACAAAGAGGAGGUUGAGUGAAGCAAUGAUUGCGCUGGACUUGUGAGAAUUAUACUGUUUGCCCAGAUCAGGGGUAGGCAACCUUGGCUCUUUUAUGCCUCGUGGACUUCAACUCCCAGAAUUCCUGAGUCAGCAUGGCUCAGCUUGGAAACCUCUCCCUUUCCCCUCAGUGUUGCUGACUCAGGAAUUCUGAGAGUUGAAGUCCACGAGUCAUAAAAGAGCCAAGGUUGCCUACCCCUGGCCCAGAUCAACAAGGAUUCUUAAACCGGCUUGUACGGCAACACAGAAGGAAACCCUGAAAAUGAUGUCAAAAGCCAAAGAAAGCCACUUGAUUCCAAUAUAAACAUGUGUUUUCCUUUAUCCAACACCUUUAUUCUAUAAAACAUUACUGAAGUCUCUGGUAACUUGUCCCCUUCCAGGAACACUACAAAUCUCCAAUCCGGGCAACUUGAAGACCCAGAAUUCCCUAGCCAGCAUACUCAUUGUGGCCCUGCUUACUCUCUUAUAAUCCCUUCCUCUCCAAUCUCCCCGCUUUAAGGGAUAGGAGGAAAAAAAAAACAGGCAUGGCUGGCUGGGGAA